AUGUCUAGUGAAAAAUGCAUAAAAUGCAACAAAAAAGCCGCAAAAAAUAGUUAUAAGUGUGUGAAAUGCGAAAAUGUGGUUCAUCAAAAGUGUGCAGAUGAAGAAAUACCCAGAGAUAGUGAUUUUGUAUGUGAAAAUUGCCUGGAAAACAACUCGUUAAACAGUUCAGUGACGUCGGAGAAUGGCACUAUUAUUCUGAGCGAGGAACGUAAGACACAGAAUGAAGUUGUAAUAAGCGAUCUUAUGAAAGAAAAUGAUCGAUUGUUACGUGAAAAUGAACUUCUUAAUAAACUCGUAAGUGAAAUGACCGACAAAAACAAUUUAUUGCUGUUCAAAAUUGCCAUCUUGGAGAAAAACAAUAAUACUUUGGAAAAACCAUGGCAACACCGAAAUUCAAGUAAAAAUUCAGACGCUCCAACUCAAAUGCCACCUAGCACGCAUACCGCAAACCACACCACUCAAAAUCAUACAGCGCCACCUCACGACGUAGCCAAAAGUCGUCGUACUCGCCGCACAUCCACCAGAUCAACCUCCGUGUCGCCGCCAGUGCUGCCAUCUCCUGGUACCAGUGACAACCACCAAGAAAUUAAUAAGGUUAGGGAAAAUAACAAGGUACUGAGCAUCGUAGGUGAAGUUGAGCCUACACUAAGCACCGCCGGAGCCGAAAACGGUCUUCAAGGACUUUCAGUUCUAAAGGUAGCAUCCCCUACAACUCGCCUGCACCUAUCGAACCUAGACGUCAACACAACUGAAGAAAUGGUUACGAAAUACUUAAAUCAUCUGUCGACGUCGAACUAUUUAGUUGAAAAGUUAAACACAGGAGGAAGUUUUAGCUCGUUUCGUUUAACAGUACCAAACACCGUAUUAGAUACCAUAAUGAAGCCCCAAAAUUGGAACUGUGGCGUCCGUCUCAAGACGUGGAUCUAUAGAAGGCCUUCCGGAUACGUAAAUCGUGACUGGAGGCACAGCCAAAAUAAGCGGUAUCCUAGCCACAACUCCCAAAAACAAAAUAAUAUAAAUAAUAGAGACAAUAAUAAUGUUAAACAUUCUUUUUAA